AUGAGUCCUGCAGUGGGUGCAGUAUCAGUGUUGUUAGGCGCUCAAUGGGGUGACGAAGGCAAGGGAAAGAUCAUUGACUACCUCAUCGAGAAUUAUGAUGUGCAGGUAACUGCUCGUUGUCAGGGAGGUAAUAAUGCUGGUCACACCGUGGUAGCGAACGGAAGAACAUACGACUUUCAUAUUUUACCUAGUGGAAUUAUUAGCCAAAAGUGUUUCAACAUCAUAGGUAACGGUGUUGUAGUGAACUUGGAUGCUUUCUUUUCUGAGCUGGAACACAACGGAGUGCUCCAUGAACCCGGUUGGGAAAAGAGAAUUAUGAUUUCUGCCGAGGCGCACCUGGUACUAGGCGUUCAUGCCCAAGUUGAUGGACGCCAUGAGGCCAGUCUUGCUCAAAAUCACAAAAUUGGUACAACUCAUCGGGGUAUAGGACCCACCUAUUCGUCGAAAUGUUUUCGCAACGGGAUACGUGUUGCCGACCUGCUUGGUGAUUUCGAUGCUUUUUCUGAGAGGUAUCUUCGUCUUGUUGAACAUUAUAAAAAACAAUUUCCAUCAAUUGAAUUGGACACUGCGGCUGAACUUGCGCGAUUCAAGGAACAUCGUUCUAAGCUAAUCUCCUUCAAACUGGUAGGCGAUACCGUAGGGCACAUUCACGCGCUGCUAAAGCAAGGUCGUUCAGUAUUAAUCGAGGGGGCUAAUGGAGCCCUGUUGGAUAUUGACUUCGGGACCUAUCCAUAUGUAACAUCUUCAAAUGCCACUGCUGGUGGUGCUUGUACUGGGCUUGGAAUACCUCCCACCGCAAUUUCUCAAGUAUUCGGCGUUGUAAAAGCGUAUCAGACCCGGGUAGGCACUGGUCCCUUUCCCACUGAGUUGAAAGACGAAGUUGGUGAGCAACUUCAGUCAAUCGGAAAAGAAGUUGGUGUCACAACAGGUAGGAAGAGGAGAUGCGGCUGGCUUGACUUGUUUUUGCUACGUCGUAGUGCUCAAAUCAAUGGGUAUACGGCGCUAGCGCUGACAAAAUUGGAUAUUCUAGACUCAUUCAGAGAGAUAAAAGUCGCCGUAGGGUACCGCUUGAAUGGCGAAUCCCUCAGUGCUCCACCAGCGCAAGCAAUAGCGUGGGACCAUAUUGAAGUUGAGUAUCGAGUAUUCCCCGGAUGGGAACAACCGACUGCUCACGUAAGAAAAUGGGACGACCUACCAGCCAGGUGUCGCGAUUAUGUGUUGUUCAUUGAGAAGUUCAUUGAGGUAUGUCGUUAUAAAGGUUUUUUGUGUUAA